AUAUGAUCAGCUUCCCGUUUGUUUGUGUUCAUGCAGAAAGCUAACCGCUUCCCACUAUGAAACCUCCUCGUCUGUAUCCAAACUAAACCUGUAAUCCACACCGAUCCCACCUCAAUCACUCAAACAAAGCCUACAGAGUCCACACAGACAGAUCAGAGGGAUUAAAAGCUUUCAAAACAGGGUUAUAAUGUCGAUCGAGUACGAGGAGCAGCUAGCCGGAAGCCUGGUGGACUCUUUUCCUAAAGAUUUCGGCUACGGCGUGGAAAACAUGGAUAUGAUGCAGGAAAACCUGGAAAACUCGCCGUCUGCAGACAAUAAACCCAGAAUCCUGCUGAUGGGACUGAGGCGCAGCGGGAAAUCCUCCAUCCAGAAGGUGGUGUUUCAUAAGAUGUCCCCGAACGAGACGCUCUUCCUGGAGAGUACUAACAAGAUCUACAAGGAUGAUAUCUCUGGCAGCUCUUUUGUGAACUUUCACAUAUGGGACUUUCCAGGUCAGGUGGACUUUUUCGACCCCACAUUCGAUUACGAGAUGAUUUUCAGAGGCACCGGCGCAUUAAUUUUCGUCAUUGAUGCUCAGGAUGAUUAUGUAGAAGCAUUAGGCCGGCUACAUCUGACAGUGUCACGGGCAUUCAGAGUGAACCCAGAGAUCAAUUUUGAGGUGUUUAUACACAAGGUGGACGGUUUAUCAGACGAUCAUAAGAUAGAGACACAGAGAGACAUUCAUCAGAGGGCUAAUGAUGAUCUAGCUGACGCCAGUCUGGAAAAGCUUCACCUCAGUUUCUAUCUCACCAGCAUCUAUGAUCACUCAAUAUUUGAGGCCUUCAGUAAGGUGGUCCAGAAACUCAUCCCUCAACUGCCCACUCUGGAAAACCUCCUCAACAUAUUCAUUUCUAAUUCUGGGAUUGAGAAAGCAUUCCUGUUCGAUGUGGUGAGUAAGAUCUACAUCGCCACAGACAGCUCUCCGGUAGACAUGCAGUCGUACGAGCUCUGCUGCGACAUGAUCGAUGUUGUCAUUGACGUCUCAUGUAUUUACGGCCUAAAAGACGACAGCAAUGGUAAUGCUUAUGAUAAAGAGUCUCUGGCCAUCAUAAAGUUGAACAACACCACAGUGCUUUACCUGAAGGAGGUCACCAAGUUCCUGGCUCUGGUCUGCAUCUUGAGAGAAGAGAGCUUUGAGAGAAAAGGUUUGAUAGACUACAACUUUCACUGCUUUCGAAAGGCCAUCCACGAGGUAUUUGAGGUAAGCGGCUCCUCCACCCAGAGGACAGGAGCGGUGCAGUCCAGCCCCCCCAGCAGCAGCGGCAACGGCCUGUCCCGACUCAAAUCCGCAGCGCUGAACGGUACACCCAGAAGCCUGGUUUAACCCAGGACACACGGACCUCUAAGAACACAGGGCCUUUACACUAGUGCGCUGAACGUGCGCUAACGUACACGUGAGAUUACUGGACCGUUUCUCUAGUUACACCUGCUGUUCCAGGACCUGAGAGACACAACAGGACACUCACACAGGACAGACUACAUUGCUGCUUUUUUAUGAUAUUUUGGUGUGUGUGUGUGUGUGUGUGUGUGUGUGUGUGAGAGAGAGAGAGAGAGAGAGAGAGAGAUUGUGUGCGAAUGCAGCAUCAGCUGUUAUAAUGGGGAAGAGGGGAAAACUUUAGUUUAGCCAACAGAAUGAGGCACAGUGAAAUGGUCGAGAAUUGUACUAAAGUGUCACACUGAGCAAAUAAAGUCUCAAAACUAGUGAGCUGCCUAACCUUUUUUAUAUCUUUGUGUUUAUGGCGGCCAAACGUGCUGUCUAGGUAGGGCGCUCACUAAGUUUUGAGGCACAUCCCACUUUUUAAAGGUUUGAGGGUGAAUUUUACAAGGAGAAACAUUUUCAAGUGACAUUUCACAAACAAAUCGAAAUGGGAAAAAAGUUUGAAUGAAAUUAAGCCUAUUUUUAGGUGCAUUAAAAAUGUUUAAAUUGUGAUAAAACACAUUUUGCCUAAAUUCUCAUUUUUGUAAUAGGUCAGAAAAUUCUAUUUUUAUUUUUUUACUAUUAUUAUUAUUAUUAUUAUUAUUAUUAUUAUUAUUAUUUUGUAAUUCUCAAAUUUUCUCGAUUUUCAUUACUUUAAUGCAGUAUUUUAAUUGUAUUACAGUAAAAUAGAAUAUUGAAUAAGUAAUGACAUUUUUCACAUUUUUAAAUGUUUUUUUGUUUUUUUUUGAAUUACCGUAAUAAGAAAUUGGGUGAAAUGUAGUUACAUUUGUUUAAUGUGAAAAUGUAAACAUAAAAAUAGGCUUCAUUCAUUUUAAGCAUUAUAUUUCCUAUUUCUUUCUUUUGAUUCUGGGGUAAAAUGUGACUUGGACAUGUUAGAUACACCAAUGAAACAAAUCUUCACUCCUUUUUGUAGCAAAAUUCCCAGACCAAACGCUCUUUAAGAUUCCAGUUGUUAAUGUUGGCCUGUGUUGUGAUUGUGUUGGCUGUCGCUGUUAUUUACUCCUGACACAAGGAGAAAAAUAAAGGGAGAAAAGGCUAAAGGCGUUUGUGAACGUCAUCAUGUCUCUGUGAACUGCCUUACAGUGACAUAAAUCACAGGGAGUUUUUUUUUUCCUUAGGAAUGUAAGCUUUUCCUGCCAAAUUAUCCCAUGUUUUAAUUGGAAAUGAAAGUAAUCUGGGAAACAAGCAUCGGCCCAGACUAACAGGAAGCGUGUAUUUUGCCAAAAAUGCUUCUUUCUAAAUUCCGAUAUGCUGAGAAUACAGAAUAAUGAAACUUCAGUUUGUUAAACUAGUGAUUAAAGGUAUUACGUAUUCAUAUGUGAAGUCCCAGGGUCUAAAAAUAACCCUUUUUCCUUUUUUAUAUUACAUGAUUCAUUAUUAUAUUCUCAAAAAUUCCCCUUUCUUGAAUGGAUAUAAUGAGGGCUUGUGUGUGUGUGUGUGUGUGUGUGUAAGAGAUUUACUGCUGAGUGUGAUUGUGUUGAAUGAUGAUUGUUAGUGAUUGUUGUGUGUGUUUAUCUUUCUUUUUUCUAAUAAAGUGUAAAAGAAUAAGAUAUUAAUUUUUGUGAUUGAACUAUAAAGAUUAUUACUUGUAAGAUACCAAGAAAAUGAGAAUUGUUUACUUAUGGUAUAUUUUGUCUCAGAGCACGCUGAUAAAUUAAAGCUAUAUUCAUUUGA